AUGCCGAGUGUUCCUUUGAAUAAUCUGAAGGAGCAACUAGAGCGACACAACAACAAUGCUGGAGCGCAGAGCAAGCUGUCCCUUUCGAAACCAAACGCUGGGACAUUUUGUUUCAGAAAGAAGUCUGCAUCAGGCAUUAGUAAAGUGGAAGUUCCCUCGAAGGUAACUGGUCCAAAUGUCUUAGCAAACAGGAGUGUCAAUAUUCCUGACAACACCAAAAUAACUCAGCCUCCUUUGACAUUUUCAACCAAGCCUGAAAGACCCCUUGCAAAAGUCAACACCUUCACAACUAAGCCCAAAACCAAGACGCAGGGAAUUAACCCAGCGUCUAACCCAUUUGCAGUGCGCAAGCCCAGUCCUGUUAAAACUUUUCCCAAUGCGGACAUCCUCUCCACAAAGAACAGUAGCAACAAAACGGUGGAAUCAGACAGCUCGCUUGUUAUCCACACUGAUGACUGGGAUGAUUUAGAUGAUUUUGAAACGCCAGUAAAGGGAAGAGCAGUGUUACAAAGCCCUGGAACUUUGGGAAAGAAACCAACUGAAGUGGUCAAAGACACCUCUCCAAAAGGUCAGUCAGUUAACUUUAAGAACACUGACGGGAACAGAAAUUCUCAUGGACCGCAGUCCUUUGCAACAGAAGACGUAGAGGUUGUCUCUGAAACCCCUCGAAAUGUCUCCAACAACAUACGUGCUGUGCCUGAUGAAUUGGAACCUGAGGAUUCACCCGUUAAGCUGACAAAAAGACGCCGUUCAGUCCCACCCCAGUCCUUGAUGAGUGACAGUGAGGGAGAGGAUCUUGAAUGUGGAUCUGUAGACGAAAAGACUGAGGGAGAUGGCGUGUUUGCAGCAGCUGUGACAAAGCUGCUGGAGAAAUGCCCCCUGAGAUACACACAGGUGAGAAACCUGGCAUGGCUGGAUCCACAGAAGAUAAAAGAGAAGGUAGACCUUUGUGAGAAACAGCUAAGGCUGUGCCUGCAGAUCGUCUCCAGUGCUGGACAGAUCAGAGAGAACAAGUGUGACGCAAUCUUCAACCAGUUCAGGGACUUUGCUGUCAUCUGCAAAACGAGCGAGGGUGCCACACAGUGGCCCACUGAUAAUCAGAAGGCAUGGACGGAGUCUGAUGUAGUAAACAUAGAUGAUAAUGAGAGUCAGAACUUUUUAGAAGAUGAUGUGGACUUUAUUCCUCCAUCCCCUGUCUCUGAGAACCCAAGUCCAUCAGUCUCACUGAAGAGAGAGUCUGGUUCUACUCUGCAUGGAGUGUGUGAUGUUAGUGCUAAAGAUGUGAGAGGAUCAGAGGAUGCACUCUUCUCUAUAAUGGAGUCUAUAUGCCGUCUGGUGGACAGUAUCCCAGAGCAUGAGCUCAUUGCCUUGGCCUGUGGGACAGAGUUACUGCUACAGAGGGCACAAAGGAAAAGGAUUCUUGCCAACAGUGCACUUUCAAGAACAUCUCAGUCAGACAAAGUGGCAACCCCCGAGUCGGCAAGGCCGGCCAGCUCAAGCUUCACUUUCACUACUCCAGCUCUCGUGCCAGCCGCUACCAUUCAGACUACGGACAAAGGAGAGGGUGCCAAGCGAAGUUUUCAGUUUCGGAAGUCCGUGGGCUCUGUUAUCUCUGUUGAUUAUGACAGCAGUGUUUUUGAAGACUCUGACUGCGUGAUCAGCGGCGCAGAGACCCUGAAUGGGUCCUGGAAGCCAAAUGGCUCCUCUUCCAAUCCCAAGAGAAAUGAAUCAAGCCUUGACCGCAGUAACGCUGUGUCUGUAUCGGGCUCCUAUUCAAGCUUGCCCUUCAACCCGUCCAGCAGUCAGAGCCUGGAUCUAAAGCAGACGGAUCUCUUUUAUUCACCAAAGAGGCCAGCACAUGCAGGGAGAAAGAGUGUGGAGAUCAAAGCGGACAGCAGUACGCUGGACUCCGCCCAUACUGACUCGCGAACGGAAACGGAACCUGAUGACUUCUUCGUUGAUGACUUUGAUAUUGAUGACUUUGAUGACACAGACAUCCCAGACUACUUUGAUGAUGCUCCAAGCGCAUCCAAAUCGAACAGGAUCACCAGUCCAGUUGCUCAGCCGAUCCGUGAAGGAGGACCCGUAACUAAAUCAUGGGAGAGGAACGUGACGGCAACCCCUUCCCCAGCAAUCAAACCAAAUAAACCCCCUUCUCCUGAGCCCAGUUUUAGAAACCCAGCUCAUGACCGUUUUAGAGGCUUCACCUUCCCACACUCUUCAGAGAUGAUGAAGAUUUUCCAUAAAAGAUUCGGUCUUCAUCAGUUCCGCUUUAACCAGCUGGAGGCCAUAAAUGCCACGCUGCUGGGUGAAGACACAUUUGUCCUGAUGCCGACAGGAGGGGGCAAAAGCUUGUGUUAUCAGCUGCCUGCCUGUGUGUCACCUGGGGUUAGUGUAGUGAUCUCACCCCUGCGUUCCCUGAUCGUUGACCAAGUGCAGAAACUCACCACAUUGGAUAUUCCUGCCACAAGUUUAUCAGGGGACAAGAGUGACAGUGAAGCUGCACGCAUCUAUAUGCAGCUGUCAAAGAAAGAUCCAAUCAUCAAACUGCUCUAUGCCACUCCCGAGAAGAUCUGUGCCAGUGGGAGGAUGAUCAGUGCCCUGCAGAAUCUGUACGAGAGAGGUCUCCUUGCUCGCUUUGUCAUUGACGAGGCCCACUGUGUCAGCCAGUGGGGUCAUGACUUUCGGCCAGAUUAUAAGAGGAUGCAUGAGCUACGGCAGAAGUUUCCCAAAGUUCCCAUCAUGGCUCUGACAGCCACCGCCACACCACGUGUUCAAAAAGACAUUCUCAACCAGCUGGCUAUGACCCGCCCUCAGGUAUUCACAAUGAGCUUUAACAGACACAACCUCAAGUACACCAUCUUACCUAAAAAACCCAAGAAGGUUGGUGAGGACUGCAUCGUUUGGAUCAAGAAACAUUAUCCGCGAGAUUCCGGAAUAGUGUACUGUCUGUCUCGGAAUGACUGUGACUCACUGGCCGACAGUCUGCAGAGGGCAGGCAUUGCAGCACUCUCUUACCACGCUGGGCUCAAUGACUCUGACAGAGAAUACGUCCAGAACAAAUGGAUUAACCAGGACGGCUGUCAGGUGAUCUGUGCCACCAUUGCCUUUGGGAUGGGCAUUGAUAAACCUGACGUGCGCUAUGUGAUCCAUGCCAGUCUGCCCAAGUCUGUGGAGGGCUACUACCAGGAGUCAGGCAGAGCGGGCAGAGACGGAGAAGUCUCCCACUGUGUCCUCUUCUACUCAUACACAGAUGUCAUCCGCAUCAAGAGGCUGAUUGCCAUGGAUAAGGACGGUGACCAUCACUCCAAGGCCACUCACAUCAACAACCUGCACAGCAUGGUUCAUUUCUGUGAAAACGUGACGGAGUGCAGGAGGAUUCAGCUGCUCGCGUACUUUGGAGAACACAGGUUUAACACAAAUUUCUGCAAGCAGAAUCCAGAGGUCUCGUGUGAUAACUGUGCCAGACCCAACCGUUACAAGGCAAGAAAUGUAACGGAGGACGUGAAGAAGGUUGUACGGUUUGUACAGGAGAACUGCGAGAAAGUUGGAGGCCGAUAUGGACGGUCCUCCCAGCAAAACCGACUCACUCUAAAUAUGCUGGUCGACAUUUUUCUGGGCUCCAAAAGUGCUCGUGUCCAGUCAGGGAUGUUUGGGAUAGGGGCAGCGUACUCCAGACACAAUGCUGAGCGGCUCUUUAAGAAGCUGGUAUUGGACUGCGUGCUGAUGGAGGAUCUGUACAUCACUAAUAACGGCCAGGCUGUAGCGUACAUCUCUGCUGGGCCCAAAGCCAUGAGUGUCCUCAGUGGAAGCAUGCAGGUAGAGUUCCAUGAAACAGAGAGCGCAUCCAGCAUCAGGAAACACAAAGCCGCUGUGACAAAGAACAUGUCGAAGAGGGAGGAGAUGGUCAAGAAGUGCCUGGAAGAACUCAACAGCCUGUGCAAGAAACUGGGCAAAGUGUUUGGCAUCCAUUACUACAAUAUCUUCUCCACAGCGACUCUGAAAAAGAUUGCAGAGACGUUGUCUGCUGAUCCAGAGGUUCUGCUACAGAUUGAUGGCGUGACUGAAGACAAACUGGAGAAGUAUGGAGCUGAGCUGAUUGAGCUGCUGCAGAAAUACUCUGAGUGGCAGCUGCCUGUGGAGGAACAGACAGAGAGUUCUGGAUGGAUAGACACCACACGAGGUAAUGGUGACAAUGAGGAAGAUGUUGAUGAUGAUGGAAUGUCAUCAGCGUAUUUCGAAAACAGCGGCAGGGGGGCGAAGAGAAAGAAGGCUCCCUUUUCCAGGAAACCCAAAAGACAGAGAGGAUCCUCCAGUCAGAACUCCUCUAAAGGGUACAACGGGAACACGUGGUCCUCGUCUGGAGGCAGUUAUAGAAGGGGUGCUAAAGGUGGAGGCCAGGGCUCUGGAAGGGGACAGAGGAACUCCAAAUCUGCACCCACAGGACCAACAGGAAGAAGGCCAGGCUUUAUGUCUUUACCUACACCUCAGUACAACCCACGACCAUUCCUAAAACCAGCCUUCUCACACCUGGACUGA